AUGUCGACAACUAAACAAUUACAGUUUAUGUCAAAAGUGAUAAACUUGAAAUUAGAUAAAUAUCCACUUAAUCUUAGAAAUCCUUUUGGAACUGCUCAUUCAGUUACCACCGUUAGAAAUAAUGUUUUGAUUACUUUGGAAAUAGAUGGUGUUCUAGGAUACGGAGAAUGUGGUGUACCACCAAAGAAACCACUCUGUUACUUUGCUGAUUUCGAUGAUAUUCAAUCUUAUUUUAAUUCAUAUGUUGCAUCUUUAGAUAAAACCGUUGAUAACUAUUCUACAAAAUAUAACCCAUUUAAUAAACUUUCAAGCAAUUUGUUUUCCAAACUUAGACCAUCUCUAGAUCAAAGUAAUAAUAAUUCAGUUUUUUAUUAUCUAUUGGAAAAGCUUGAUAAUUGUGAGUCGAAUAAAUUCGACUAUUCAUAUGCCUCAAGAUGUUGUUUGGAAAUGGCUAUAUUAGAUUGUUGGGGAAAACAUCUAAACCAACCUAUUUAUGAAAUGGCAUCGCUUGAAUGUAAAGAAUUGAAACCAUUUUAUUAUACAGUUUCACUGUGUCCCACCAAAGAACAGGUUAUCGAUAGUUUGGAAUUCGGAUUGAAAUAUACAUCAUUCAUCAAAAUAAAGUUGGAUUCAGAUAUAAAGAGAGGUCUAGAAAUGAUCGAAAUGGUAAUGGAACACACCAAACAAAUCGGAAAGACUCUCUCAAAGAUUUCCAUUGAUGCCAAUUCCUCUUGGUCCCCAGAAAUUGCAAUUGAAUUUCUUCCACAUCUUUCCACAUUAUCCCAGUUAAUAUCUAUGGUUGAGCAACCGUUUCCUGUUGAAACCAUUAAAACUCUUCCAGAAACAGAGCAAUUGAAAUGGAAAUCAAUUAAAGAUCAAUAUCAUAAAGAAGGAUUACUUAUUUUUGCAGAUGAAUCUGUUUGUACUGUAAAAGAUAUUGAUCAAUUAACUGUAAAAAAAACAGGAGGAAUAAGAGAAGCUCUACUAGCAAUUGAAAAAGCUAAAGAAAAUGGAUUACUGGUUUGGAUCGGUUCAAUGGUUGGAUCCUCUUUGAAUUGCAAUGCAGCUGCACACAUUUUAGCGUCAGUCUCUGAUUAUGGUGGUGAUUUGGAUGGUGGUUUGCUUAUUACUGAUGAAUCCCAGUUAUUUAAUGGUGGUUUCUCAAUUGUAAACAAUGGAGAUGUCAAAAUAUCAAGUGAAAGUGGCAUUGGUGUUAAAUUAAAGAAAUAA